AGCACCCUGAUCAUGUAAGAGAAACACAAUUAGAAAAGAAUGGCAGGGAGUAUAAAAGAGAUGUGAAAUAGCAACCAAUGCAUACACUAUUAAUUAACACUAUGUAAGACCAGAAACUUAAGUCUUAGAUCUUAAGAGAAACACAAUUGAAAAGGAUUGUAUUUGGAAAUCUUAUGGGAAUCCAAGAAGAGUGGAAUUAAGUUGGACGACUCAAAAACACUCUCCUGCUUCUAGUCAUAGUUCAUGGAGGAAGAGGACACAUGGAGCCUAGGGAACACCUCCAUGCACAUUAACAUUUCCCUAGGCUCAAAUGAUUCCUCUACGGUCUUUCUAUCUGGGUCUGAGUACAGCGAUGCUGAGAUGGUCUUAAUAAGCAUCUUGAUGGGAUUGUUGGUUCUGGGCAUCGUCUUCGGCAAUGUGCUGGUCAUCAGCGCCAUUGUACGAUUCCAGCGUUUACAGACGGUCACCAACUACUUUAUAAGCUCUUUAGCUUGUGCCGAUUUGGUCAUGGGCCUUCUGGUGGUGCCUUUCGGCGCAUGCUACAUUCUCCUCAACACGUGGCACUUUGGAAACUUCUUCUGCGAGUUCUGGACAGCCACCGAUGUGUUGUGUGUGACUGCUAGUAUUGAGACACUGUGCGUGAUUGCCCUGGACCGUUAUUUGGCAAUCAUGUGGCCUUUGCGCUAUCACUCCAUGCUUACGAAGAGGAAGGCGUGUGGGGUGGUGGUGGGGGUGUGGGCCAUCGCUGCCCUUAUCUCCUUCCUACCUAUCCACAUGAAGUGGUGGGUGUCAGAUGAACCCGAGGCAUUGAGCUGCCUGGAGAACACUUACUGCUGUGACUUCAACACCAAUGCCGCCUAUGCUGUGACCUCGUCCAUCAUCUCCUUCUACAUACCACUCAUCAUCAUGGCUUUCGUAUACAGCAAGGUCUUCCAGGAGGCCCGCAGGCAGCUUCAGAAAAUUGAUCGCAUUGAGGGCCGCAUUCGGACACAAAGCUUCAGUACCCAAGAGGGAAAUGAGGUGAAGAUCAGGAGGACUAGGUUUGGCAUGAAGGACCACAAAGCCUUGAAGACCUUAGGGAUCAUAAUGGGAACGUUUACCCUUUGUUGGCUGCCGUUUUUUGUGCUCAACGUGGUGGUGGCCAUCUGGAAAGUGGAUAGCAUCAGGUUGUCUUUCAGAAUAUUGAACUGGAUUGGAUAUGCAAACUCAGCUUUCAACCCAUUAAUCUACUGCAGGAGUCCUGAAUUUAGAUGUGCAUUUCAAGAGAUCCUAUGCUUGAGAACUUCUCAUCUGCCCUCUACAAGGAAUCAAAAAGGAUAUAUCUGCAGUGGCCACAGCUGGCAGGUGCAUAUGAAGAACACUAGACAACGAGAUCUCUCACCUUCUAACUGUGAAACAGAAAUAGGGGCUGACUGUUUGACCGCAGGCACCAAAAACACAAAUGGGAAUAGUAACAAAGCUGUGACAUCCAUCAUUUAGCCAAUAUUGAAUAUGAGUAAAAAAGCCUUUAUAUGUGUUUUAUAUGUGUAUAUAUGUUAUAUCUUGUUUUAAAGCUCUAAAGAUAUGGAGCCAACGUAUCUGGAUAUAAAGAAUAUCCAGAUCCUAAAUGAUAAUGCCUGGUUUUAAUGUGGCCAUUGUGAUACUUUGUUGAGUCCUAACAAAUGAAAAUGAUAUUAGUAACUAUGCUUGUGCUACAAUGAGGGAAUGUGUUUUGUAGAGCGCACAUGAAAUCCAGGUUGUAGAUUGAAAUUAUAGAGUCUACCUCUGGAUUCCACUAACUACCUCAUGAUAUUCAUGUCUCAAUUGAAACCCAUGUGGAUACUCUGCUGAAAAAGCAGCUCAAAGCUUUUUGACUGGCCUUAGCUGGUCUCCCUGCCUGGUCAGAAAAGUCUGUUGGCUGGGGGGUUUAGAGGGAUUUUGGGCACUUUUUAGAACCAGCUAAAAAUGACACCAACAUUCCCAUGUUAAGAGACUUACUUAAACCAGCUAAGACUAGUUUAGUCUGGUUCGCCUUCUAACUGCGAAACAGAAAUGGGGGCUGACUGUUUGACCGCAGGCACCUAAAACAAAAAUGGGAAUUGUAAUAAGCUGUGACAUACAUCAUUUAGCCAAUAUUGAACAUGAGUAGCAUAAGCCUUGAUAUUCCUGUAUCUUGUUUUAAAGCACUAAAGAUAUGGAGCCGAUGUAUCUGGAUAUAAAGAAUAUCCAGAUCCUAAAUGAUAAUGCCUGCUGUUAAUGUGGCCAUUGUGAUACUUUGUUGAGUCGAAAUAAAUGAAAAUUAUAUUAGUAACUAUGCUUGUGGUACAAUGUGGGAAUGUGUUUUGUAGAGCGCACAUGAAAUCCAGGUUGUAGAUUGUAAUUAUAGAGUCUACCUCUGGAUUCCACUAACUACCUCAUGAUAUUCAUGUCUCAACUGAAACUCAUGUGGAUACUCUGCUGAAAAGGCAGCUCAAAGUUGUUUGAUUGGACUUAGCUGGUCUACCUGCCUUGUCAGGAUAGUCUGUUGGCUGUGGGGUUUAGAGGGAUUUUGGGCACUUUUCAGAACCAUCUAAAAAUGAGAUCAAC